AUGGAGUGGUUAACGAGCGCUGAGGGUCUGAAUGCCCGUCAGGAGCUGGAGGCGUCCGUUCGUGAGCACCACCCUCACUUGCGUGAUGAGGAGGUCGACCUCAUUGUGGAUGGUCGUCUACUACGCAUGGUUCGGGAGCGCGCGGCGGAGCAAGCACCUGCGAGCAGCCAGCAAGGAGGAACUGGUGAAGGAGGAGCUGUGCAUGAGGCUCCUAGUGCUGUGGGCAUUGGUGGAGGAGCUCUUGCACCGACCAUUGACACGAAGGGAGACGAUGAGACAGCAGAAUCCUACUGCAAUAGGGCCCGCACCAUCCGAGCGGAGCUGCUGAUCAUUGGACAGGAGGUCCACAUGGCCACGUUUGCUGCCCACGUGCUGAAGGGCCUACCACCGGAGUACGGAUUUCUUCGCCGCAAGCUCGAAAUUUCCAGCCCUGACAUGACGGUGGAACGCGUGUGCAGCGAGGUGUUGAUGGAGGAGCAGACUCUCUCCAUCGAACAGAGUUACAAGCAGAUCACCAGUGAUGCAUCUGCUUUCUCGGGCGCUGUCAACACCAUCGUGGCUACAACGGGGGUCAACGGGAAGGAAGGAAAAGAGGGAAGGGAGCAGACGGACAAGAAGAAGGAUGGCAAGCGGGAGAAGAAGCGAGCCCCCUUCAAGGGGCGCUGCUGCAAUUGCAAUGAGGAGGGGCACAUGGCUGCCAAGUGCCCCAACAAGAAGAAAGAUACAACGCCCGCGGCAGCCGCGAACGUAGCUGAAGGAGACGGGAAGGGCGUGGCGCUCACCGUCGCGUGUUCGCUUGCAAAGUUGCUGGCCGACGACAAGGACUUGUGGUCCCUUGACUCAGGAUGCUCUCAACACAUGACCGGCCGCAAGGAGUGGUUCACGGUGAUCCGUGACCCAUCUGCAACGAAAUCAGUCAAAGGGUUUGAUGGUUCUAUGCAGGAAGUUGCCGGUGUUGGUGAGGUUUUGCUGGAGGGCACUAACGGCUUGCGUGUGACCCUAUAUGAUGUCCUCUUUGUGCCAGGAAUGAAGGCCAACUUGGUCUCCCCUGGGCAGCUCUUGGACAAGGGAGCAAAGCUGCAAACCGAGGAAGGUGUCACUCGCAUCAUCGCAUCAGGAGGUCAAGUGGCUGCAACGGCACGAUACCGCCAUCGCCUUCACUGCCUUGACCUGAAACCGGGGCCAGCAAGGAACGGUGCAACGGCAGUAGUGGCAUGCAACGGCAUGGCGGCUGCAGCGGCAUGCACCGAUAUGGCGGGUGGAACGGCGAGCAACGGCACAGGGGCUGCAUCAGCGUGCAAUGGCACGGCGGCUGCAACGGCAAGCAACGGCACGGCGAAGGAGAUUGCUGAUGUGGCGUCAAGCAAGCCGGAAGCUAAAGAUGGAGCGGCCAGCCUCAAGACGUACGCGGUGGGCUCCAAGGCAACGCCCAACCUGUGGCAUGCUCGCCUUGGACACAUCCACUUCGAUGCGGUGAAGCGGACAGCCACGAGCGGUGGCGUGUUCGGUAUGGAUCUGGAGAAAGGAGAAUCCGCCGCCACCACGUACCGUCAUCGUGGUCCCGCCCAUUCCACCACCCCCACGUCGCUCCAGCAGGCCUAA